AUGGGGUCUCCCAACACAACCACUACUGAACACAAUACACAGGAACAGCACCGGGAGUUCUCUUCACCCACAAAGAAGUCACACCACGCUUUGUUGCGUUGGUUACAGCAGUCAAACAGUAGUGGAGUUCCGCAGGUGUUGUCGAUUGGGAUUGGGAUAGGGAUUGAGACAGAGAGCGGCCGAAGCAGCUGUUGGGCCACCACUACAGCCCAACGCAGCCCUAACCGCAUAUCAUUUUCAUGUCAAUUGCCGUCAUUGAUAGCGGCGGCCAGUAUUGCCACUGCAGUCCACGGCCUACAGUCCACACAUAAGCCAAGCAAAUGUUUCGAUGCAUUUGUCUCAUCGCUGUCAACCAUUCUGAACAUCGAUUCUAGUCGUAUCAAAAGCUGUGUCCACCAAAUAGAGUCUCUCAUCACUUCUCGUACACCUUUAGUCCACCAAUUUGUACCCAAAGACACCACGAAUUAUGAUCAAAUAUUCAAAUACCAGAGAUUAAGCACUCACUUACUAGUCGUAUUGUCGAGAAUCCCAGAGUUCGGGCAGAUUUUCAAGAAUAUUCUUCAUCCCAGAACCACUACUUUCGUUAGAUUUGUUCAUUGA